CGUAAAUGGCGGUCGCCCUAACUGGGUUGUGCAGCUCUUUCUUCGCAGUCACUGGCUAGCCGUGGCGGUGAGGCUCUAGAGGGCGUGUAGCGCGUGAUUGCUAUGGCGACGGAUCAUGCGCAGCAGCAGCAGCAGGAGGAGGUGAUCGAGGAGGAAGAAGUAUCCUCGCCCAAGCUUAGGUAUCUGGGAUGCUUCCAAGCUGCCGGGCAAAAGGCCACUGGCUAUGUCGCGACGAUCUACGAGCUCGCGAAAGAGAAUUCCGGGCCGCUCAAGCCCGGCGUGGAUAGCAUCGAAGGAACCGUGAAAACAGUCGUGGGUCCUGUCUAUGACAAGUUUGAGGGCAAGCCCAUGGAAUUCCUCGAGUUCCUGGACAAGAAGGUCGGGGAGACGCUCGUUGUGCUGGAUCAAAGGCUCCCUCCGGUAGUCAAGGACACGACCCAGCGCGCGUUCGAUGUGGCCAAGCAGGCGCCCGACGCCGCCAAGACCGUGGUCGCGGACGUCCAGAAGAACGGCCUCUACGAGUCCGUGCGCGUCUACUACGUCAAGUACGAGCCCAUCGCCGAGGCGUGGACGAUCGAGGGGCUCAAGAAGCUCAAGACGUUCCCGGGCGUCCCGCGCUUCAUCGAUCUGGUAGCUCCCUCGGCGCUCUUCGGCGCCGAGAAAUUCAACCAGAUUGUCUCCACCUUCAAGGAUCGCAACGUCCCACUGUCGGGCUACAUCCCGCUCGUCCCGGUGGAGAAGAUCGAGCAGGCGCUCAGGGCGGAUCCGCGCGAAAGCCCGGUUGACAAACCUUCGUCGUGAUCUAAAGUUUCUUCUGUAUAACUUAAUCGUUUUGAAUAUUCGCGAUUAUAACUUCUAGA